AUGCCGGAUACCCCAAAGAUUGCACCCGGCGAAGCAGACAUGCCAAUGCCUCGCCGGGUCAGUACCGCAUCCAGUACUGGUCCACCAUCAGCAUCGACUUUAUCUUCAGCUACAUCUAAAGGCAACGAAGAACUAGUCGAAACUCUUUAUAGCCAUCCUUCCGUCCGAAUAAUCGCUUUUACUUCUACCCAACGAAACCCCUUUACUCCGCGACUCUCUUCCGUCGACGAGGAUCGCCCAGGUACUUUGCCAGCUUCGUCGCAAAUCGAGAGAACCCUCGCCGUCGGCCCGUUCCGCAUCUACCGCGCUCCGGGAUCUGUAGCUUUUCUUAGUUGCGGCUCGGCCCUCCAGCCUAUUUUACCGAAAAGCCAAUGCUGGUGUAUCGAUGAAGACAACAGUAGAUUCGUCUUACAAAUACGGCGUCCACAGUAUUGGAGAAUCGAACUCCCAGUGUCCGAGCCCGAUGAUAAAGAACGCGCCCUCUUGCUAAGGGACGUCUUCGAUAGAAUCCUAUUAUUCGAAAAGACCCAUUGUCCCUUUCAGAGGAGUUUCAUCGUCGAAUUACCCGAAGAACCAGAUACGCCGAUUAAGAAGAAAGCUUGGACGCCCGAAGGCAAAAACUUAAUAGCAACACCCUUCUCCCCUAUAUCAUCACCGACGCCUAAAAGUCUUUAUCAUCAAGAUAGGCGAGGUAGCCUGUUAGGUGAUGGGGCUAUCCCCCAAUUCGACUUUGAAGUCCACGAAUGCCACCAUAUACAGAGAGCUUGGCACGAUGAGACGCAUCAGGAGGCUGGAUCCGAACAACCAACGGAGUUUGAGGCGAUAGAUUAUCACGCUCGCUAUCGAAGAGCAAUUGAAAUGGCACAAGACUCGCCAGAUAUUGUCCAGUAUCCGGCUGGGUUAUCGAGGGUCGACAGCCGUUGGAAUAAUGGUCUAGCGUCAUCUUCUGGUUCAAAUUCCGCUGGUGGGUCGGAGUCGACAUCCACUCAUCGUCAUAAUGUCGGAGAUAACUCGUUAACAAUUACUGGGCAUGAGCAAGGUACUAUGUGUGUCAUAUGCGCUCAAGCGAAUGCGAAGCACAUGUCGGUAGAAGAAGCCAAACGUCUUCUUGGUUUGGAGAACCGUGGCGUUGACCCGACACUAGUCCAGGCAGCACGGAUUGUCCUCCGAAUAGGGUGGCAGACUACGAAGGAGGCGUUUCCGGAUGAUGUGAGCACAGGUAGUCGGGAUGCUAGGAAGGAAGAAGAAUAUGUACACAGCGAGAUUGGCGAUGAGCCUCCUUUGUUCGAAGGAUCUGGCCGCGUCGGUCCUAUGAAUCUCUCGAGGAAACGAAUGACUCGGAUGUUGGCUGGGCGCGCCUUUACCGCUCCUCCACACUUGACUGUAGUGAACUCACCCCCGUCAAAGUCGAAGCAAUUGCCUGGUCCUACGCAAUCUAACCCUCCACCCCCUUCCCAACCUCAAACAUCGGGUGAUAAUUCCGGUGGUUCGACCGACUCGUUUCAUAGUGUGCAGUCUUGGCAUCCACCCAUUAACCCUUUACCCCCCUCACCGCCAUCAUCACGCCCCGUUACGCCAUCUGGGCCCCAGUUUCCUCAUCCCCAUGAAGCCGUCACUGUUCCUCCUCAGUCAUCGCGUGAAAAAGGCAACCCGGCGUAUACAACCACACCAGAUACCGACAGGACAUUUGGCGGUUCUGCAAGUGCUCAGGAUCAUACCGAUGAAGCAGUUUCCCCAUUAUCUCGUCCUUCCGCGGGCAUUUUAGAGCAUAAUGCGAACCCAGUUCCUGUCAAUGAGUCUUCGAAGGCGUCGCAAUCAACUGCUAUAGAAGAGAGGGAGCGACCGCGGCCGCGACCACGACCUAAUAGCUUGUCUAUGAGUCGGCGAGCUCUAUCUCCACUACCAUCUGCCGCCAACUUCUUCUCACCACCACCUAGACAAACCCAGCAAAGCCGUAUGGCCGCCGUUCGUCGCAUACCAGGUGCAAUCAUACAAAAGACAGUGGAGGUAUUCUUGAGACCACCAACUUACCUCGUAAAUCUCAUGCUGAGGGUUGCUGCCAGAAUUGCGGCCGGUGAGUGGCGAGGCUUAAUCUUCGGCUUUGGCGAAAGUGGUGAAAAGAUCCCGGUCCAAUGGGACUAUUCAGAUGGCGAAUUUAGCGAUUGGACCGACGAUGAAGAAUACACCACGGCGUUACAGAGCAACAGCAGUAGCACUAACAACAUCUCGAAGACGGUUAGCCGUAGACAGCAUAGGGAUUGGGAGGUUGAUUGAACAUAACCACCACCCAAGGGGAGAAUUGUAAGAUAUGACGGCAUUGGUUUUAAUGAAGCACUAUGGGUUUGCAUGAUGUACCGCAUAGCAGAGUAUGGAGUUCAGGAUAGGACGGAGUUAACGUUGAUGUUUUACGAGAUGCCUAGUGCAGAUUUGGAACGGGAAUACAGGACGGAUGGAUGGAAGUGAGAAGAUAUCCCCGCUCGGAAGAAGAUAGCAUCUGUCUUUGGGUUCUAAAAAGAAUUUCAUGAACUUAUGAUGUUCAUGGCUAAUGUUAUUUAAACCCAUAAGAAGUCGUUGGCUUUGGGCAGGGGAACCUAAAGACAGAUACUACAAAUUAAUAAAGUAGCUGGCUUACACCCAAAUAUUUUGAUCUUUUUUUUUUCUUUGUUUUUUUGGCCAUCUAGCCAUUAAGGAGGCUGCUGCCUAGUUUUCCAUCCCUUCCUUGAUCCUUGUAGCACGAUAUUGACGUCUUUGGAUCAAGAUUAGGCGAGUUUCUACAUUGUAAUACCCCUCUUUAGGUCAAUAUCGAUGGACAAUUGCGUAUUCCGCGUCCCUGCGUCCUCGAGUGUAACAAAGGCCUCGUUCUAC